CCUUUAAAUCUCGCUGGCUCUUUCUCCAAGCCGCCAUAUCAGCCAUGAACUUCAUCAAGCUCAUUCCCAUUCUUUUCUUGGCGCACUCCCCCGUCGGGGAUGCAAGGCCCGUAGAGCCGCAAGUCUUGCCUGCCGUCCCCGGCUACAUUCCCGUCUACAUCCAAACCGGCAACACGCCCCCAGACAUCGAGGCCUUGUACAAAAGCGUAGUCCUCUCACCGCCGAAGCGGGAGACUUCGCCAAGAAAGGACUUCGCCGAAGGGUUCCAGCAGGAGGUUGAGCCCGUACCAAUGAAACUCGAAGUCCCCGAGAAGCUCGAAGUCACGAAAGAGAAAGAGGACGAAGUAAUGAAAGAAGAGCCGAAAAAAGAAGUCGAACUGGUAGAAACCAGUCCUGUCGAGAAGAACCAAACCCCUCAAAACAAAGACGAGCAGACCCAUAAGGCAAAGGAAGAGACCAGAAAGGCAAUCGGCCAAAUAAGAGAAAUUCCUCAAUAUGAAGUAAAAGAACCCAAACAGGAAUAAUUUGUAAUUCUAGAAUAUUCUAGAAUAUGGUUAUUUUAAAUUAUUCCUAAUUUUUUAAAUGAUUAUAAAAAAUAACUUAUUUUGAAAUCAAAAUGUAAUGAUGUAACUACGUCUAGUCUUUCGAACUGUAACAA